ACCUUAGCCCAUGGCUGGCUAUAAAAGCUUCGUGCGCAACAAUUUAUGUCAGUGCCAGACGCCCUGUUCGACACUUUAACGUCGUGAAUUUAGGGACUUAGACACCUAACCUUUCCUUAAAACCUUUUCAGUAUUCUUUAAUACUUAACAAAACAAAAUGCGUGAGUGUAUUUCCAUCCAUGUUGGUCAAGCUGGAGUCCAGAUUGGCAAUGCCUGCUGGGAACUCUAUUGUUUGGAGCACGGCAUCCAGCCAGAUGGUCAGAUGCCAUCUGACAAGACCAUUGGAGGUGGUGAUGAUUCUUUCAACACCUUCUUCAGUGAAACUGGUGCUGGCAAACAUGUACCAAGAGCCGUCUUUGUUGAUUUAGAACCCACUGUCAUUGAUGAGGUUCGUACCGGUACCUAUCGCCAACUGUUCCACCCUGAACAGCUUAUCACAGGCAAAGAGGAUGCUGCUAACAAUUAUGCCCGUGGUCACUAUACCAUUGGUAAGGAGAUUGUUGACCUAGUUCUUGACCGUCUCAGAAAGUUGGCUGACCAGUGCACAGGCCUUCAGGGAUUCCUCAUCUUCCACAGCUUUGGUGGUGGCACCGGAUCUGGCUUUGCCUCACUCCUCAUGGAACGCCUGUCUGUUGAUUAUGGCAAGAAAUCCAAGCUGGAGUUUGCCAUCUACCCAGCCCCUCAGAUCUCCACAGCUGUUGUUGAGCCCUACAACUCCAUUUUGACCACACACACCACCCUUGAGCACUCAGACUGUGCCUUCAUGGUUGACAACGAAGCCAUCUAUGACAUUUGCAGACGUAACCUCGACAUUGAGAGACCCACCUACACCAACCUGAACCGUCUGAUUGGUCAAAUUGUAUCCUCAAUCACAGCUUCCCUCAGGUUUGAUGGUGCCUUGAAUGUUGAUCUGACUGAGUUCCAGACUAACUUGGUGCCCUACCCUCGUAUCCACUUCCCACUGGCCACAUAUGCUCCAGUCAUCUCUGCUGAGAAGGCCUACCAUGAACAACUGUCUGUUGCUGAGAUCACUAAUGCCUGCUUUGAGCCAGCCAAUCAGAUGGUGAAAUGUGACCCACGUCAUGGCAAGUACAUGGCCUGCUGUAUGUUGUACAGAGGUGAUGUUGUCCCCAAGGACGUCAAUGCUGCCAUUGCCACCAUCAAGACCAAGAGAACCAUCCAGUUUGUUGACUGGUGUCCAACUGGUUUCAAGGUUGGAAUCAACUACCAACCACCAACUGUUGUACCUGGAGGUGACUUGGCUAAAGUCCAGCGUGCUGUCUGCAUGUUGAGCAACACCACAGCUAUUGCUGAGGCCUGGGCUAGACUUGACCAUAAGUUUGACCUUAUGUAUGCCAAGCGUGCUUUUGUUCACUGGUAUGUGGGUGAGGGUAUGGAGGAAGGUGAGUUCUCUGAGGCUCGUGAAGACUUGGCUGCCCUUGAGAAGGACUACGAGGAAGUGGGUGUCGACUCUGUCCAGGGUGAAGGUGAAGAGGAGGGAGAGGAGUAUUAAACACCAGCCCAGCCUCCCCCCAUCACCUCUUGCACUAUAUAAUCCACAGCUCUCCAUCUAGUGCCAGGAUUUUUUUCUGUGUUACCAAGGCAUGUUUCAAUAUUUGGGCUGUUGGUUAUCUUACUGUAAGACUUGAUAUUUAUUCUCACACACAAAAUAUCUGAACAUUGGUCAGUGAUUAAAAAAAAAGAUGUUACUGUUGAACAAAAAAAAACUAAAUUGAUUCUUGUAAAGAUAUUGUUACCUAGCAAUACUCUGUUUAUUUUUCCCUUGAGACAGUAUUGCUAACAAAAUGAAUACAGGGACAGCACUUUUGUUUCACAAAUAUUUCUUGUUCUUGUUGGGUGCAAAUCAUUCCACAUUUGUGAUGUGCUUCUGCCUGUUUCUGUUUUUUUUUUUAGAAAAGUAUUAACUUUUGAUGUAAACAUUUUAGUUGCAAGACACUUGUACUUAAUCACUGAUAUAUGGAUGAUCUGUACAUUAUGGAAAUUAAAUUACAGUUUUCAGAUUUUAAAAACAAA